UUCCUACUAAACCAGGAUCUUCCAUCUCCAGAGACAAACUUUUCAUCUCAUUUGAAAGAGACCAGCUCAAUAACUUGGCCCAAGAGUCACAACUUCUGGAGGUUUCUUUUUACACCCCUAAAAAUGAUUAUUCAACAUAGCCUUCAGCUUUUCCUUAUACCUGCCUGACCUCUGGUACUACAAGGCUCAUCUAUUUAGCCUAUGGAGAUGUUGGAUUGGGAGCUUUUCCUUGCACUUCAAAACUGUCUAUGUCUCCAAUCACUAUGUAAAGCUUUGCUGAGUUCCACCCACUUGGCUCUUCCCUUCUCAGCGGUAAAACAGCUGCCACUGUCUCCUGCAGAGUCUUGGGAUUAAAAGAAAUUCCAACUCUUUACAAUCAUCUUUCAUCUCCUGGGACAGGUGACCAUGCCAUCAGCUGAAUCCAUGCAGGCACCCGUAUGUCUGGUAGAAAACAGCAAUGGAGAGCUGAUAGUAAACCAGGAAGCCCUACGGAUUCUUACUUCCAUCACCAAGCCCGUGGUGGUGGUAGCUAUUGUUGGCCUAUAUCGUACUGGAAAAUCCUACCUGAUGAACAGACUAGCAGGAAAGAACAAAGGCUUCUCCCUGGGCUCCACUGUGCAGUCUCACACAAAGGGAAUCUGGAUGUGGUGUGUCCCUCACCCCAGGAGAUCUGACCAUACCUUAGUUCUGCUUGACACUGAGGGCCUUGGAGAUGUGGAAAAGGGUGACACCAAGAAUGACUCCUGGAUCUUUGCCCUGGCCAUCCUGCUCAGCAGCACUUUUGUCUACAAUAGCAUGAACACUAUCAACCACCAGGCCUUGGAACAGAUGCAAUAUGUGACAGAGCUGACUGAUCUAAUCAAGGUCAAAUCUUCACCUAAACUUGUUGGGGAAGACUCAGCAGACUUUGUGGGCUUCUUCCCAGACUUUGUAUGGACUGUGCGGGAUUUUACCCUGGAGCUUAAGCUAGAUGGACAUCCCAUCACCUCAGAUCAGUACCUGGAAAAUGCCUUGAAACUCAGUGAAGGCAAACACCCCAGAAUUCAAAGGGCCAACCUUCCACGAGAGUGCAUCAGAAAAUUUUUUCCAAAACGAAAGUGUUUUACUUUUGAUCGUCCAACAAAUGAUAAGUCACUCUUAUCUCAUCUUGAAGAUGUCCAUGACAGCCAGCUGGAGCCCAUUUUCAAGGAACAAGCAAAUGAGUUCUGCUCUUACAUCUUUUCCAACACAAAACCCAAGACCCUUAGUGGGGGAAUCAUGAUCAAUGGAAAUCGGCUGGGAAUGCUGCUGCAGACCUAUGUGAAGACCAUCUCUAGUGGGGAUAUUCCCUGCCUGGAGAAUGCAGUGUUGACAUUGGCUGAGAUUGAGAACUCGGCUGCUGUGCAAAGAGCUACUGACCAUUAUUUGGAACAGAUGGCCUGCAAGGUGGACUUCCCCACAGACACUCUCCAGGACCUGCUGAACCUACAUGCAGACUGUGAGAAAGAAGCCAUCUCCAUUUUCAUGAAGUAUUCUUUCAAGGAUGAUACACACAAGUUCCAGAAGAAACUGGUGCAAGACUUAGAAACAAAGAAGAAUGAUUUCAUACAUCAGAAUGAGAAGGAAUCAACUAAAUAUUGUCAAACUAAACUUGACUACUUCUCUCAGACCCUGAUGGAAGCCAUUUCUCAAGGCACCUUCUCUGUGCCAGGGGGUUACAAACACUACAGAGAAGAGAGAGAAAAAAUACUGAAUAAUUAUGAUCAACUGCCCAAGAAAGGGGUGAAGGCCCAUGAGGUCCUCCAAAAGUUUCUACAGUCUCUUGCAAUGACAGAAGAAUCCAUCCUGCAGACAGAUCAAGCACUCACUGACCAGCAGAAAGCUUUGGAAGUUGAACAAGUCAAAAGAGAAGCAGCUGAAAAGGAGAAGGUGUUAUUGGAACAGCAACAGAAGGAAAUGGAGCAGAAGAUGGAAGCUCAGCAGAGAACUUAUGAAGAAAAUAUAAAGCAAUUGAAAAUUAAGAUGGAGGAAGAGAGGGAACAGAUCAUGAGAGAACAGGAAAAGAUGCUGGAACAUAAGCUAAAGGAACAAAGGCAGCUCAUGGAAGAAGGGUUUAAUGAGAAAGCUGAACAGAUGAACAAAGAGAUGGAUGACCUACGAACAAACAUUUCUAAGAGUCAAAAGUCCUCUUGGUGGUCCUCAGUUUUAGAUGCUGUUAGCACUGGUUUGAUGGUCAUAUUACCUGGUGCAGGAAAACUUGUUGGCCUUGGGAUGAAGUCAAUUGGCAAUUUGUUCAAGUAAUCAAAUGGGUUUCAGUUUCUCAAAAGAAAGUUUUAGAAUAUGAUUGUCUUGCUAUUAAAAAAAAAAAACACAUAUGGUAUUAGUGGGACAGAUAGGAGACUUGGUGGAUUGAGAGCUAGUCCUAGAGACAGGAGGUCCUGGGUUCAAAUCUGGUUUCAGAUACUUCCUAGAUGUGGGACCCUGAAUAAUUCACUUAACCCCCAAAACCUAGUCCUUACCACUUUUCUGCCUGUAACCCAGUAUUGAUUCUAAUACAGAAGGUAGGGGUUUUAUUAACAAAAACAUGACACCAAGACCUCCUUGUGUGUGUUUGUAUGUUUUCUGCUUCUAAUACACUUCUAAAAGUAUUAAGAAGGAAAGCUGAUGCUUCACCAGAAAAGAUAAAAAAAAAAACCCUGGAAAAAGUUCCCAUGAAGUACAUCCAUCUUCUCAGUGUUAGUUAGAUGACUUCAUCCCCCUAAGUGAAAGGCUUCUUUCCUUUAAGCUAAAUGGUCUGAAAAGCAGAAAGCUUGAAUUUUCCCCUUUCUUUUAAUGGCUUCAGAGGUAGAAGGAGGCUGGACAAGUCAUAGAAUCUAACUGCCUCAUUUUACACAUGGCUCCUUGGUGGUGCUAUAAGGAGAGAGACUUAAAGUCAGGAAGACCUGAGUUCCAAUCUGGCAUCAGACACUUAUAAGCUGCAGGACCCUAAGAAAGUCACUGAAACUCUCUAAGUCUCAGUUUCUUCAUCCAUGAAAUAGCCCCUACACCUCACAGGCUAACUGUGAGGAUCAGAUGAGUUAAAGUUCCUUGGAAACCAUAAAGUGCUAUAUGAAUGUGAGUUAUUCACAGUAUAAACAUGAAGCCCAGAGAUACUCUGUAGUCUACCCCAAGUCGCACAGGAGACAGACAGGGCUUAAACUGAAGCCUCUUGACUCCAAAUAUGUUAUGGUAAUCAUGGAGGACCAAUCCCUUGGUCUCUCUUCAGAGAUGACAACACAAAUUUGUCCCUGGGCUUCUUCAGAUUCUUAGAAGUUCAAGUGGAAUCUCCCCUGAUUUCAGAACUCCCAACUAUAGGCCGAAGUAGCAAGAUUUAUGUGUGAUCAACAGAAAGUGUAUUGAAUUUGUUAUCAGAAUACCUGAGCUCAGCCAACCCUGACACUUAUUGCCUGCCAGACCUUAGAUGAAUAACUUUAUUUUCUCCAGUUUGUUUCUGCAUCUGUAAAAUGAGGAGGCUCAACUAAAUGAUCUCUUGGGUUCUUUCCAGCUCUAAAUCCUAUUUCUUUUGAAUAGGGGUCUCAGAAUCCCUUUUCUAUGCUUGUCCAGAAGAUGUCCAACAUUAGUGAGUUUCCUAAUCCUAUUAACUGUGUAACUUGUGUCCUUAUAACAUCCAAGCUCUGUGUUAACUAAUAAAUUAAGAAGUCAGUCUAGUUAUAUACUUUGUGACAAACCUAAAUAUGGCUCUUUGCAACUUCUAACUCAGAGGUUCCUAAACUUUUUUAGUUCCUCAUUUCUAUUUCCUUCACUACUACCUUCAAACUAAUUGUUUUGCAUUUAAAGGUCUGUUUUAUAGUCCUCCUUUUCAAAAUAAGACUUCCUUCUAGAACAUUGUGAAAUGUGUCUUCAUGUAAAUCAGAUAUAGAAUCCCCACAUGUUGUACAUAUCUAACAUAUAAGAAGCAUAAAAUAUGAACUCGAAUUCUCAUGUGUAUUUCAAGAGAGAAAUUUAUGGCCAUGCAUGGCAUUAUGGAUAACAGAGAGCUUGCUUUGGUGCCAAGGAGACCUUAUCAUACCCAUACUGUUUGUGUGACUCUGAGUAAGUCAUUUAUUUGUACUUGAAUUCAACAACUAUUUAUGACUAUAAAUUAUAGAGAAUAUGUGGACCCUCUUUGCAAGAGAAACAUCUUCAUACAGAUGAUCCUAGUACUAAUUUAGUCCUAGUCCCUAUAUUCAAUGGUGUUAUAGGGAGGGUUCAAAGGAAGGGUUAAACAAGCUCUCUCUCUCUCUCUCUCUCUCUCUCUCUCUCUCUCUCUCUCUCUCUCUCUCUCUCUCUCUCUCUCUCUCUCUCUCUCUCUCUCUCUCUCUCUCUCUCUCUCUCUCUCUCUCUCUCUCUCUCUCUCUCUCUCUCUCUAUAUAUAUAUAUAUAUAUAUAUAUAUAUAUAUAUAUAUAUAUAUAUAUAUGUUUAUUUAACUAAAAGGAGGAGAAAAGGGAAGGGAAUCAGGGACUACCUUACUUCUAACCCCACCAGAAAUAUUAAAACCUUAAACUUUCUAAAAUUAUAUUAACCUAACUAAUUAAAGAAGUAGUUAAAGAUAAAGAGGGGUUUGUAGGGACAAAAACAACAGGGGCCCAAAGAAAUCUCACAACUAAGAGUCUUUCUUUACUCCAGACAGCAGAGGAUGAAGAGUCCUCACAGGAUUCAGGAGGGAAUGAGGAUUAACACACACACACACACACACACACACACACUGUCCACUAGUGUGGGAUAAUCUCUCAUUCAACUACUCCUUCAAGAUGGUUCAAUUUCUUGGCAAUUCCAAAGUCAUUUCUCUUCAGAGAGAGACACCUCCACUCCUCUGUAUUCUUAUAGGGGGGGCAACUGUCAGUCCCCAACUGUCUCUGAGCUACUCAGAGCUUGAGAAUGUUGACCCAGUUUUGCUCUGUGGAAUCUGAAUGCAGAAUAAGAGAAAUUAAUGAAGAAUAUAAACUAAAUAAUAAUGAAAUUGUAAAUGGGAACAAUGAUACUAGCAUGGAGAAUUUAAGGACCAAUGAGAGUAAUAUAAAAGGUAAUGGUACAAAAUCCUGGGAAAGUCAUUUAAUUUAAAUAGAUGUAGACUUGGAUGGACAGUAAAUGACUGAGCUUUGUACUGAUGGUAGUGUGCUUCCACCAAUUCUUGAAACCUUCUAAUCUCCAAAUAAUACAGAACCCUAUGUUUCUGUAACUAUAGGGUAUCAGAUAGAUAUAUGAUUCUUUGGUGGAUACUGGAGCCAAUAAAUCAGUUUUGCAAAGUCUUCCUAAAGAUUGUAAAACUGUUGGUACUAUGAAAGUGAUUGGAGCUACUGGAAAACCAGAGAGAGUAGCAAUCAUGUACAAUGGGUAGCACGGAGCAGCUAUCAGAUGCAAAAUAGUCCCAGUUUAGAGCUCUUCAGUACAGAGUAUUUAUAUAAUUCAAUUAAAGAAGUAAUAAUAGUUCAAUUAAACAGUGAUUACCACAUGUCGGGUUUUAUUUUUUUUUAAUUUCUUAAAGAUCACUUUAAAGAAUUUCAGAAGCAAGCUUUUCGUGGUAUUUUAGAAAACUUAUUUUCUGAUAUAUCAGCUAUUACUUGAACCAUUUGCUAACAUAUUAUAGGGCAGUUAUAAACAGUAAUACUGAAGUCUUUCCCCUUAGGAGGAAAAUUUUAUUUUAGAGGAAAAUAUAACCCAUUGAAUAUUUAAUAGGCUUUCAAACAAUCUUACUAUAUUAAAAGACAGCAAUUUAUUUUAGCCAAA